UUAAGGUUAGCGGAUAUCCUGAUUAGAUCUGGCCAUUCAUAUAUAAAGACAUCUGAUUUCUGGGGAAAUUUUUCAAUUUAGAUCCAUAGUUAGUGGUGGAAUCAAUGAGUGAGCCAAGUGUAACAUAUAUCACACAAUAUCUUAGUGGAAUCAUAACUUCUGGCGAGUAUGUUCAAGUAUUAGCUAGUAUUUUAGUUGCAUUAGUUGUUAUCUAUAAGGUUCAACAAUGGAUAAAUGGUGAGUCAUCCGAGUCAUCUAAGUCAUCGACUAAAUCAACCGGUAAGAAAGUUGGUUUAUAUGAUGUGGAUCCUUCUAAGCCACUUGAAAUCAAGCCAGUAGAUUCUGAUUUUGUAUGGGAUAAACAACCAGCCUUGAAGUCUUACCCUUUUAAGAAUGCAGCCUAUAAAUUAACUAUGGCCAUAAAGACUUUGGAUCCUCAGGAUUGGUUAUUAAUUGAACCCACUUAUCUUCUGCGUCUUGAGGUUAAAUCUAAAAUCAUUCAUAAUAAGCAUGAAGAUUAUCCUGCUGAUAAGGAUUUACGAUCUAGUACAGUAUUUGUUACUGAUGAAGCUAUACCUGCUAUAAGGGAAACUUAUAAUACUAUUGUUAACUAUAUGGUAGUCAAAUAUCCCAUGUAUUUCCAAAAAGAUGGUGGUAUAAUUCAUAACUUAAUUACCAAAAAGGAUAUCCCAGCCACUCUGACAGGAAUUGAACCGGUGAAGUGUCUUGAAUAUUUAACUGAAACCAUAGAAGAAGAUAUAAUUAUUUUAUUGACAGAUCCUACUAAACAAAAUGAAGAGAAUGGAACAGAAUAUUUUUUCAAAGCGGGAGUAUUUGCAUUUGCAGCCGGAUUUGAUCCAAGAGAUCGGUUCAAUAGACCGCUCACGGCAGUACAUGAACGAAUUCCCGGAUAUGAAGAGAAAAUGAAAGUAUCAAUGAAUCGAUUCUUUCAAAGAAUAUCUCCGGGUCAAUUUGUUACUAGAAGUAACUUUUCUGUACAGACCCAUAAUAAAUUUUAUGUGGAUGAUGCUAACAAAGGUCAUAACUUACCCGAGGAUUAUGUUCAACAACCCAUCGACAUUAAAGAUUUGGAUUUUGAUACUCAAGUUCAUUAUAGAAGUGAGAGACAAGUAUUAACUCGAUUACCUGAGACAGGAGCUGUUCUUUUCACCAUUAGAACUUAUUUAACUCCCUUGAGUGAAUUUAAACAAGAUGGUAAAGAAGUAUGUGAACGAUUAAUCGGAGCCAUUAAUGGAUUCCCCGAUGACAUUAGACGAUACAAAGCAGCCGGAGAAUGGGGACCACCAGUUAUACAAUAUCUUGAGACGUCUGACUAGUUAGUUGUGUAUUUGUAAAUUAAUAAUACAUUAU